AUGGGAGACGAGGCCGCAAACCCACAAGGAGAGCUCAUGCAGAUGCUUGCCGCGAUGAGACAAGACUUGUUGAACAUGAGGGCAGAGUUUGGCGAACGUGUCGGCCGACUAGAGCAGCCUCCACCUCCUCUCCACCCAGCCGCCGCUCCGGCAGGACCUAGAGCCAGAGUGGGGAACUUACACCCUCAAGGAGGAGACAUGCCUCACCUCGAAGAAGAUCUGCCACCUGACCCGUUACUUAACCAAAACCCGAGAGCUCACGAUCCUCUGAGGAGACAGAAUGCAAGAGGAGAAGAGCAGAGAGAGGGCAAUACUGAGAUUAAACUAACCCCUCCCACUUUUGCAGGAAAAUCAAACCCGGAUAUCUAUCUAGAUUGGGAGAGGAGACUCGAGUACAUCUUUGAGUGCUAUGGCUAUGGAGAUCGCAAGAAGGUCGCCUUAGCAGCUGCCCAGCUCACUGACAAUGCCAUAGCAUGGUGGGAUCGCAAUGUAGCUGAAAGGAGAAGGAAUCGCUUUGCCCCAGUCACCACUUGGCGUGAUAUGAAAUACUUAUUGAGGUCUAGAUAUGUUCCUGAUCAUUAUCACCGUGACUUACAAAAACGUUUUAGAAAGCUUGCGCAGGGAACCAGGACCGUAGACGAGUACUUUGAGGAGUUUGAGAAGCUGAUGAAUCUAUUGGAACUAGAGGAGUCAGAGGAGGCCUUGAUGGCUCAGUUUGUAGACGGAUUGCAAGAGCGCAUAGCCCGUAAGGUAGAGAGAACUCAGUAUAGUGGUAUGCACGAGCUCUUACAUUUGUCUGUGCAGGUAGAACAGCAAAUCAAGCGCAAGAUAACCCUGUCAAACCGGAGCAGAACACCUCAGACUUGGAAUACAAGCAACUCCAAACCACCAGAAGGGAAAGGGAGUGGAGAUCGAAUCUCGCUUCAAGAGCAAGUUUCCUGA